UGAGGAUCUUGCUGCCAUUGAUCAUCCUGCAAGUCAGCUGCACCGCCAAAGGUAAUUGCGCGUUCACCUUGAGGCAAGAUCCUGACGUUACAGUGACGAGAGGUCACACGGCAAAACUUUAUUGCAUUUAUCCAAUUUUGUCCGCUAAAUAUGUGAGAAUACAUUGGUGGAGAGACGGGGAAGACAAAUUCCUGGACGAAGGAACAGACAGAAGAAUAUAUUCCUCUUUCCUUCCCAAGGGAGGUGCCAUUUUACAGAUCAAUGCUGUGACGGCAGAGGACGCCGGGGUUUAUUUCUGUACGCUGACACACGCCACAGUCACAAAUGGGACAGGUACAAAACUAACGGUUUACGAUCCUCCAACCCCUCUGCGUCUGAUGGCUACGCUGCCUAAGAACGAAUCAGUCACUCUGGCUCUUAUUUGUAACACCGCUGCGUUCUUCCCGCAAGGUCUGAACAUAACUUGGUACAAGAAUGGGUCAGCUAUUAUACCUGCAGUCGAGCCAAACAAAACAAAGACAACUACGGGAUUGUACAAGGCUUCAAGCUGCCUGACUGAGACCGAGCCUGUGGAGGACGGAACAGUUUAUACCUGCCAAGUUUCUCACAUCGCUCUUCCAAACCCGGCCAACAUCAGCUACACUUACUACAGUCCAGAUUCUGGCAAGCACAUUUCAUUUGAUUAUCGGAUUUAUGGCUACCUCGGAACAGGAAUAAUAUUUUCCCUGAUUAUCAUUUUCAUUGUGAUAGGUAGAGGAAUGCGAAAGCAGUCGAAUGGGCACGACGACACCAAGACAACGCAAUCCGAAGAGGAUCAAAAGGUAACAUACGUCACCCUAAAUAUGGCUCGGGCCAAGACAUUCACUAAAGUCAGAAAUGAUGAACAGAAUACAAUAUAUGCCCAGACGAUUCAAGGACAGCCUGAAAGUCAAACUGAAGAAAUCGAUAUCAACGCGGACUACUGCAACAAAACAUAAUCACCCAUAUACUGAAACUAUAUAUUCUUAUUUCAAGCUCUCCUGAAUCGCAAUUGUUUUUAAACCAAAAUGCCAAGCCUGGCUGCGGCCAUUGAAUUCAGUAUCAGCAUUCAGAUUUCGAGGUCAGACUUAACGAAAGAAAGGAUCUGCGUGCAAUUGAAGUGGGCAUGCUCAUUGAGUUCAGAGGUUGUAUCUUAUCGAACUGCAAUUGGAUGCAUCUGGCUCUUGACGGACGAGGCAGAAAACAGGGGAUUCACCGUGAAUAAUUGACAUUUUACUUUUGUAAUUUCAACAUUUUAGCUCAUUGGUAGUUAUAUACUGUAGAUGGUCAAUAGGACAAGUUUAUAUUUUUAUGACUGAGGUUAUAAAUGACGUCCCACAAUAUUUAUAUUUGUUAUAGAA